AUGGCGAGCGAUCAUCCUCUAGCCAUGACUAUGCGAGCAUGGCAAUACAGCAGCACCAAGAAUGGCGGGCUCGAUCAAAACCUCAAGCUCAAUCCGUCGGCGCGCAUCCCCACACCCAAACCCAAUCAGCAUCUCGUUCAGAUUCUCGCCACGGCCCUCAACCCCGUAGACUACAAGCCGGCUGAGAUUCCGCUCGUCGGCCGUGUGCUCGUCUCCUACCCUGCGACUCCAGGACUGGAUUACGUCGGCACCAUCGUCGUCCCUGCCUCCGGCUCUCCUCUCCGAGCCGGCCAGCUCGUGUUCGGCGUAGCUGGGACGUCGCCGCUGGCGGGUGGAGCCAUGGCCGAGUACGCUCUUGUCGAGGACAAGCGCGCCAUCCUCGUCCCCGAGGGCGUGGGCACCUUGGACGCGGCGACGCUGGGGGUGGCGGCUCUGACAGCCUACCAAUCCAUCGUUCCCCGCGUCAGAGAAGGCGAUCGGAUCUUCAUCAAUGGCGGAUCGGGCGGGACGGGCACCUUCGGCAUCCAGUUUGCAAAGGCGAUCGGGUGUCAUGUGACGACGUCCUGCUCGACGACCAAUGUGGAGCUCUGCAAGAGCUUGGGCGCGGACGAGGUCCUUGAUUACAAGAAGGGCAGUGUGCUCGAUGCUCUGCUGGCGAGCGAGAAGUUCGAUCAUGCGGUUGACAAUGUGGGACAUAUUGAGGAUAAGGCGCUGUGGUGGAAAUGUCACGAGUACAUGAAGCCUGGCGCCUCGUACGUCUUGGUUGCAGGAGAAAUAUCGGUCCCCAGUGUGGUUGACAUGGCUAAGCGAGCACUUCUGCCUCGCUUCCUGGGUGGGUUGAAGGGAAAGGUGGAUGGAUUCUGGCCGGAGCCUAAGCCCGAGGAUUUGCAGAAGGUUGCGACGUGGGUGAAGGAGGGCACGGUCAAGGUGACUAUCGAUCACACGUUCUCGUUUGAGGAGGGCGCGGAGGCGGUCACCAAGCUGAAGUCUGGCAGAGCCAAGGGGAAGAUUCUAAUCGACGUUGCGCUGGCGACGUAUAAGCCGGUCCGGGAGUGA